AUGUCAGACGAUUCGCACAGGAACUCGGAUUCAGAGGGAUUGUACUCCGGCAAGAGCUCGAUGAGCAGCGACACCACGUCCGCGACCGCCGCACUCAGCCAUUCCUCCGCCAGCCUCGGCCGAUUCUCGUUCGAGCUUCCGGCGGGCUCGCCGGAGCAGGCGGCGUUGCAGACGCACCGCGGGUCAGACUCAUCGGCCCGCGGGUUCCGCGACUUCAGCCUGGUGCGGCAAAUCGGCAGCGGCGACAUCGGCCGCGUCUACCUGUGCCGCCUCCGCGGGGAGGCGGACGACGGGCGGCUGUACGCGAUGAAGGUGGUGGACAACGACGUGCUGGCCCUGAAGAAGAAGACGGAGAGGGCGGAGGCGGAACGGAGGGUCAUGCGGCGGCUGGACCACCCGUUUUUGCCGACGCUCUUCGCCGAGUUCGAGGCGUCGCAAUUCUCGUGCGUGGUGAUGGAGUACUGCUCCGGCGGCGAUUUGCAUUCUCUCAGGCACAAGCAACCCCACAAACGGUUUUCCCUCAGCUCAGCGAGGUUUUACGCAGCUGAAGUUCUUGUAGCUCUAGAGUACCUUCACAUGUUGGGAAUAAUCUACAGAGACUUAAAGCCCGAAAACGUGCUCGUCCGAUCCGACGGACACAUCAUGCUCACCGAUUUCGACCUCUCCCUCUGCUCCGACUCUACCGCCUCCCUCGAGUCCCCCGACUCCUCUUCCUCCCCGGGCCCACCCUCGGCCCGUUUCGCCUGCCUCCCGUCUCGUCUAUUUCGUUCCCGUAAAGUCCAGACAACAACGGCCCUUGCCCCGGGCCUCCGGUUUGUGGCCGAGCCAGUGUCUGCCCGGUCGUGCUCGUUUGUCGGGACCCACGAGUACGUGGCCCCCGAGGUCGCUUCUGGCGGGCCCCACGGCAGCUCGGUCGACUGGUGGGCCUUCGGUGUGUUCGUCUACGAGAUGAUCUACGGUCGGACCCCGUUCGUCGGGCCCAACAAUGGAGCCACCCUACGGAACAUCGUUCGGGCACCGCUCGGAUUUCCCGGGCCGCCGCGCGGUGGGGAAGAGCGGGCCGCACGGGACCUUAUCGCAGGCCUACUAGAGAAGGACCCGUCCCGGAGGCUCGGGUCAAGGCACGGGGCGGCCGACGUGAAGACCCACCCGUUCUUCAAGGGGUUGAACUUCGCGCUCAUCCGGUCGGUGGAGCCACCGGGUUUGUUCAGGAUCAGGCGGCAAAAGACGGCGCCGACACGACCGCAGGCGGCAGCAUUCGGGGUGUUUUAA